UGAUAUCAUGUACAUAAAGACUGGGCGGCCCAGAAGGAUCUAUCACCAUCACGAUGGUAAGGUCUCAGUUCACUGCAGGGAGCUCUCACGAAAAUCUUCGGCGUCAACGCUCGCAUUGCGCAAGCACGUGUUUGUCAUGGUCUGAGUUGUAGGACUUUCUGUGUCCUACCUCUCGAGCUGCUCUGUCCGCUCACCUGAAACUCUUCCAAAUUCCACUAGCUCUUCUUGGAAUCCAACAUAGUACCUAUAAGUUCUUCAUGCCACAAGCGUCAGCCACCGACAACGCCGAGGAUCGACGUGCCCACAACGAUGAACAGCUUCCUUCGCAAAAUAACGUCGUAGGACCCAUCGAGGAGGAGAAAAUGAUUGUUGAACAUUUGGUAGAGCUACCAUCAGUUCGAAUGCUGGACCUUCACGGCCGUGGGAACCUUUAGCACAGGAAGGUACAUCCAAUGUUCCACCAGUCGACGAUUUAACUCCCGAGGGGGGAAAGCUUGUGACAGAGAAGGACCAGCCGACUCUAAGCGAAUUAGCAGAUGUCAUGAAGGAAGUAUUACAGGUUCUCAAAGACUCGACGAUUGCGUCGAAGAGUGAAAAGGACGAACGGUCUCAUUUCUGGGGGGUGUACAAAAGAGUCGCGGAAGAACACGACAUCAAGUUCCUCGAGCGAUACACUACCGACAUGGACAUCGUCCUGAUCUUC